CUCCCCCUAAACCCAAAAGAAGAAACUGCUUCUACUACUCACUUCUUUCAAACUCUCCGUUUUCCUCUUCUUUCCCUCUCUUUCCCUCUCUCCAUCUCCAUUCUAUUUCUCACUCUUUUUCUCAUAUCCUUCUCUCUUCACUUCCUUCAAUCACUCCAUCCCUUGAUUCUACCUUCCUCUCUGAUUAUGUAGGGUUUUUUUUUUUUUUCUUUUUUUUCUUUCUGUUUGCUUACUGGACAAGAAAGCUAGUAUGGCUACUCCAACUGAUUGGAGGACGGAAAUAACUCAAGAAACUAGACAGCAAAUUGUUCGUUCAAUAUAUAUGAUGUUGAAGGAACAGCCUUCUGAGUUGAAUGUGAAACUAAUUAGUGACCGUGCGAGGAAACAUGAGAUGAACUUGUUUAGUACUGCCAAAUCUAAGGAAGAAUAUUUGUCUACUGGAACUGGAAAGAUGAUUAAGAGAGAAAAUCACCAGGGGAGUUCAAGCGGUCAAGCAGUAGUGGUUUAUCCGCAAUAUCAUCAGCCAGCAGAGGCUAAGUCACUUUUGCUGCAACAUAUUCAGCGAACGCCACAGCUACAUAGACAACAUCCAAAUGUGAGACAGGCACAUCAACAAUUUGCGAUGCAGAAUCAAAGCGGUGCUAGUCCACAAAAUACAUCAAAUUCACAGUGCAGACCCCAGGGUUUCCCGAGACAAGAUACUGGAAUUCAUCUGUCCUCAGAAAUGUUCACGCAACAUCCUAACUUUGUGAACUUGACCACUCAAGUUAAAAAGGAAGUGGAUAGCGAAGGUUUUAUGGCCUCCAAAUCCUCCGAGCAGCGUAAGCAACACUCCAUGAGUGGAGCUUCUGCAGAUCCAGAAAGAAUUCCAAAUUCAGAAGUUUGGCAUGAUGCUGCUUUUGCUGAGAUGGAACAGCUCAAGAAGACGUUCUUGCCUUAUUUUAUUAAGGCAUAUGAACCCUUUCGAAAGGUUGUACACCAAGAGGGCCUACACAGGAGAGGGCUUGGGAAGACAAUCGAAAGAAUUCUGAGGUUUUUCCAAUCGUCUAAGGAGAAAAUCAUUGCUUCUUACACCAAGGAGAAGUUUAUUCGAUGUUUGCAAUAUAUUGAGCAAAGUGGGAACACAAUUAAGAGCAAUAUCAAUGUUGUUAAUAAGCCGUCGUCCCUACAUGAUGGCCAGCCUGGCCUUAGUGGAUCUCGCAUAAACCAUCCAGUUCAGCAAAGUGGUGAUAAUGUGAAACUCCAUUGUCAAUCAGUGAUCCGAACUACAACUGGCUCUGGUAGUUCUUCCGUAGCACCACAAGAAAUAGGAUCCAUAAGGUCAAAAUUACAUCCCCAAUGGAUUCAUGGUUCAGGAAACACUCCAUUUACUUAUAGAUCAGGAAUCUCUUUGAAUCCUCAUUUGAACUCAAACUUUUCCCAUGUUGCUGAGCGACCUCGUCCAACAAAUCCUUGUACUUAUCCAUUGCAUGGAAGAGCUUCUCCACCUCCAUCUUCCUCUAUAGUUGGACUUGAAAAAAUCUCUCCAAAUGUUACUUACCAUUCAAGUUCGAACUUUCAUUUCCGUCCACAUUGUAACCCAUAUCAGUUACUUCAUUCCAAAGCAGAAAUGAUCGCUGAACCUACUAGUCUUGGAAUCAAUGGGCAACUGUCAACGUAUCAGGCUCAUAAUCGCUUACUUAAAGCGGUUGGGUCAUCAUCAGAGGAAGCACUCAGAGCAGCUGUGUCGGGAAUAACUUCAGUUGGGUAUAUGGAAGACGCGAUAAUAGAUCCCCAGUGUCGUGCAAAGGUAACAAAUUUAAGGUUGAUAGACGGAUUUGGUUCCUCAAAUAAUAUGAAGCGCAAAAUAAACGCAAUGGCCUUAAACAACAUACCAUCGCCUAGCAGUGAGAUUCUUGGAUCUGAAGAAACAGUUACAUCAAGAACAAAGAAACUCAAGAAACUGUCUGAUUCUUCCCUCUUAGAAGAAAUGAGAAACAUAAACAAGCAGUUCAUCGAAACAGUCUUGGAACUAGAUUUGGACGAGAACCUCAAUCAACGAUUAGCCAAUGCGGGUACGGUUCUUCGAUACUCCUAUAGUGCUGUAAGUGAUGGUACAAAUUCUGUGAAACUGCCCGUGCUUACUAUGAAGCUGCUUGUACCUCUUGAUUAUCCUGAAGACUAUCCCGUAUUUCUAAGCAAAUUCGACUUGUCCUCCAGCAACGUGGACGAAGAAAGUAGAAACCUGUCGAACGGUGCAAUAUCGAUGUUACGUGCAUUCCUUCGCACUGCUCCGGAAUGUGUGUCUCUUGAAGAUUAUGCAAGGGCAUGGGAUGAAUGUGCUCGCUCUGUGCUAUCUGAGUAUGUUCGACGUGCGGGUGGGGGAAGCUUCAGUGCUCGAUAUGGGUCUUGGGAGGACUCUGUUGUCGCCGCCUAACCCCUCCCUUUAUUUUGAACCAAAUCUAUAUACUAUAUGAUCACCAUGUAGUUCUUUUUUACAAAUUUGCUAUCUUUCUAUUGUAGAUUUAAGAUUUAGUUGUAGUAAGAGAUUGUUUUUUUUUUUUGGCAAUUUUGCUAUCUUUCCAUUGUAGAUUUAAAACGUUGUUGAAGUAAAGUUGUGAAAAAGGAUCAAAGGUUCCUUGUUGGAGUA